AUGUCAAACACUUCUGCAAAAGACACAAUUUCGUAUUUGAAUGGAGUAACUCUUCGUGCUAUUGAUGAAAUUGAGCAGGUAAGAAGGGGAAGAAAGAAAAUGUGAAAAAGGUACCUAAUUCCAGCUUCUUCUCAAUCUACCACAAGCUGGAAGUCAAUGUGAAAUACAAUUUGUAAGAGCUCACAAUCCAACGAAUCAACGUGGAACUGCUGAUGUUAUUAAUCCUGGAAGUCUUUGUGUCAAAGAUUUUCCAAAACCUCUCACACUUUCGCCUCGAAAAUCAAAAUCUUCAUCAUCUUCUAGAGAUUCUUCUCGCACUUCAAGCUCAACAAGAUCUUCACAAAACUCUGAAAAUCCAAUUGAAUAUCGUACAAUUACAUCAAUUAUUGAAAGUGUUCAGGGACCAAAUUCAGAGAUGAAAGAGUUGACAACUGAAUUGAACACUAAAUUGAAAUAUAAAGUUUUGACUGAUAAGAUCCGUAUUUCGCCAAUUGCGGAGAUCAGUGGAGUUGUUUUGGAAAUUGAUGUUGAAAUAACAAUUAGUGAGGAAGAGAAGAAAAUAUUGAAACUUGAGAUUGAAUGCCCCGAUUAUGUUCCAUCAAGAAUCAAAUUUGGCGGAAAAUGGAGAAGAAUUGUAUGA